GAAAGGAUGUGCCCAUAAUAACAUGUAGAUUGAAGUGCAAUUAGAUAUUAAAUAGAGCAUGUGUUUUAAAAAUUGUAUAGUCUGUAUUAAAGUAGCAUCUGUGGCUCUAAGGGCAGACCCCUCAGUUGCCACAUAAUAAUUUUAUUUUAGUGUUAUCACUUGUAACUACUUACUGUACAUAUCAGGUAUUGCAUUGACACAAUGUGUGGUCUACACACACCAAAUUUACACUCGAGUUGAUGGCCGAUGUGGACUGUAAUUGUAAAUGCCUUUAUGUUCACUGCCAUUAGCCAUUGCACCAAGUGUCAACUUGGAUUGCACAGAUAACAUCCACAUUUUGGAAAUUAUCUGUGAAUACUUGCUUUUCAGAGACCACAAGAAGAAGUAAAUUUAUAAAGAACCAUUCAGGUCAUGCAACCUCUACUAUGAAUGCUUUCAAGGGAGAUUUGCAUGGAGCAGAAGGAGUAGCUUUACAGAAAACACACACACAGAGGUUGCAUGGGGAGAAGAGCUGUGUUAUUGAAAAUGAUUAAAAUAACCCCAUCACCCAGAUUCAAGAUACAAUUAAAAAUAAAGAAAUGGCUCAAAAACCUACCAGCCAAUGUUGCACAAACCUAAACCAACAAAAAUAUUAUUAUCGUGAAGAAUGCCCAGAGGAGACUUCCGCUCUGGAAAGUGCAGCUGCGCUCAGAAGGUUGAGUGGUGGUGGUAAUGGGGCAGAGGGCCCAAUGGAAAACACUGCUGACUGUGCAUGGGACUCGACGUGCUGCUCUCUGGCAGGAGAUGGAUGGCGGCUGCCGAUGUGGUGCUAAGUCCCAGGGAGGGAAUUUUAAGUGCUGAUAGCCGCAAGUGUGGACUAUAGGUUCCCGUGAGGAACUAAGUGCUGGUGGCAGUUGCAGCAUGGUCCGAAACCUGUGGCUGCUGCUGGCGACGUGCAGUCGUCUUACUGUCCGGCAUUGCCUUGGCGUCGUGAUGGUGCUGCUGGACUCUGGUGACAAGAAUUCUUAUGCCUAAAAAUUAAGGCAUAUUUAUAUAGUCCUGAGGCACACAUUUGUUGCACUAAAACCUCACACCUAGUCACAUCGCUCAGAAGGAGAGAUUCUCUGUGGUGUGAUGACAUCAACCUGUCCCUAUGGUCAUUACAGCUGCGCAGUGCAGUUUUCCACUGAGCACAACUAGUCUCAUCUCACAAUCCUUUACUUGUAUGUUAUUCUGACUCUAUUGCAGCUGUUGGUCUGUGACUGCUAAGGCAGUACUUUAUAAAUUUGCUCAGUGUUCCCAGUAUGCUCUCGCAAAACAGCUUCUAAACUGCAUCAUAGAUAUGGAAAUUUUAUAGGAAAAUAAAGAGGCAAACUGGUUUUCAUACCACAAAUUCAACUCAUUCAGCUAACUUACCAUUCAGAUUUAAAAGGCAUAAGAUGAGGGCAGUUGGAAUUUUGACAAAUUGUUUUUUCCGCACAGACAACUUGGCGUACCAUGUUUGCAGGUUCGACAAUCCCAAGUGUCUUUGCACCCAAAAGUAAAACAGUUAGAUGCUGUACAAGUGAGAUUAUUGCACAAUGUUUCCAAUUCAGAAAACAAAAGGAAAAGAAACCAAACAAAGCAAAGACUUUCAUAUCCUCCUGAGACCUGAUGUCCAUUAUAAUGGACAUUGAGUUUCCUGUCCUGCUGUCAAAGAUUCUGCAUUUUCUGUUGUAAUACCUGUGGCACAUUUGAAUGGACUGUAUGCUGUAGCCAUCUGGUGGGAGAAACAGUCACUACGAUUACUUGGCACCAAGUAGCAGCUUUGUUAACGAUGUGUUACAAUGACAGGAUACAGAUCAAAGCUAAGUUCAGAAGAAAUUUUAGAACUUCUUUUGAAUGGAGACAUGUCAGAUCUUGAGAUUAGUGAGGAGGAGGAUGGUGAUUUUGAUCUGGCAGAUGAUGCUGUGCAGCAACGCAAUGUUCCUUCCCCAAGUGAACAUAGUAGCAGCAGUACUGAUAAUUUUGAUGAUGACGAGAGUUCUUCACAGAAUUGCAGGAUGUUUUGGGAGAAAUGUGAAAGGUUUGAGGGACUCCAGGCUACCUUCUCACCCACGGAAGUUGCAGAACAUAAUGAGAAGCAGAUCAUGGACUACUUUCAGCAAUACUUUGAGUUGGCCUUUUUUUAGGAUACGUCUGAACUUAACAAUAUGAGAUACUUACAGCAGACUGGGAGGUCUUUAAAGCUGUCUGCCAAGGAAUUGCAGGUAUUUAUUGGAGCAACAAUACUAAUGCCUUGUUUGAGAUACCCUAGAGUUAGGAUGUACUGGGGUAAAACAACAAGAGUUAUUAGCAUGCCUCAGUUUACCUCGAACUCCUGAAGUGGCAGUGGAUGAACAAAUGAUCCCGUUUACUGGAGCAUGUGCAAUAAAAAAAUUUGUCAGGGGAAAGCCAAAUCCUGAAGGGCUUAAAAAUUUUGUGUUGGCUGCUCCUUCAGGACUAGUCCUUGACUUUGAGAUUUAUCACGGUAAAGGAACAUUCCCAGAAGCUAUUGGUCAACAAUUAAAACAAGGAAUAGGAGCCUCGGCAGUCCUCAGGCUUUGCCAGAGUCUUCCAGAAGGAACACAUGUGUUCUUUGAUAGGUAUUUUACCUCUGUUCCUUUACUGGAAUCAUUGGCUGAAAAAAACUUGCCUGCCACUGGAACAGUCAUGAAGUCAAGAAUACCCAGAGCAGUCCAUCUGACAGCAGACAAGAUUCUUGCAAAUCAAGGAUGUGGGUCUGUUGACCAGACAUUGAGAAAAGACAAACACAUUUCUAUUGUAAAAUGGUAUGUCCAAAAGCCAGUCGUAACUGCAUCGACGAAGGUUGGGAAGAACCCUAUGGAUCAAUGUAAAUGGUGGUCGAAAAAAGAUCGGAGAUACAUUCAGGUUCCCCGUCCAGCAGUAAUCAGCUGCUACAAUAAAAAUACGGGUGGCAUAGACCUGAUUGACAGAAUGACGAGUUUUUACAGGAUCUGCACCAGAACCAGAAAGUGGACAGUAAAAACUAUUUUUCAUUUCAUAGAUCUGGGAAUUGCAAAUAGCUGGAUUCAGUACAGAAGUGACCGAAUUAAGAACGACGAGCCAAAGAAAAAUAUGCUGCAGUACCUUGGUUUCCAAAUUUAGAAUUGCUUAAGAAUGACAAGCCAAAGAAGAAUAUCCUGCAGUACCUUGAUUUCAAAAUUAGAAUUGCUGAGCAUUUGUUAAGGGGCCAAGAGGAACAACAUUCUGAUGAAGAUGAUGAGGAGUCAACUCCUAAAAGACAAAGAUUAUUGCCGCCACAAUCGCCUUCACCUUCUGUAACCCAUUUACCAGGAAUGACUGGGUUGAAAAAUAGCACGAGGUGUAAGAACAGUGGCUGCAUGAAGAAAACCAAAAUAAGGAGCAGAGGUUGUUCAGUUUUCCUCUGUCUAUCAUCACAGUAAAACUGUUUCUCUGAGUAUCAUCAGAAAUAAAACUGUCAAAAUUUGUCAUUUAUUUUACUAUUUAAAUUUAUAUUCAUUAUUUUAAUUUAAUAAUCAGUGAAUGAUUCAAGUAAUAUCUGACUAAUAAGACUGUAUUUUGUUCAAUAAACUACCA